AUGGACGCUGUUGGUCUCACCGUCGGGGUCGUUGGGCUCGCCGGCCUCUUCAGCUCCUGCCUAGAGGCUGUGGACAAGGUGCAGACCUACCGAUCAUUCGGGCCCGACUCGCACGUACUAGACACCAAGUUCAAGGCUACCGAGGUCCGCCUCGAGGAAUGGGGUCGGCGCAACUGGCUCGACCAAGAAUUCCCCGCAGGCGCAAAGCUGCUGUGGAUCAACGGACCCGCAGGGUUCGGCAAGACGAUUCUGUGCGCGCACGUCGUCGAACGCCUCUCGUCCACCCUUAAGACACCCGUCGCCCAUUUCUUCUUCUCAUCCGACCUCGAGAGCCGCGAAGACCCUGUCGUGGCCGUACGAUCAUGGAUUUCCCAGAUCGUGUCGCAGCACGAGGGCGCGUUCGAGCACGUCCGCCAGAAAUGGGAGGCUGAUUCGGAUCCCGUCGCGACCCGUGCGAACGCCGUCAUGCUCUUGACACAGCUCCUCCGCGUUGUUCCCGGCUGUAUGUUCAUUGUCGACGGUCUAGACGAAUGCACUUACUUGGACGACAGAAGCACGUCGGUCACCAAAUUCAUCAAAACUGUUAAGAAGGCGGUUGUUGGGACGAACACUCGUGUUCUCGUGGUCAGUCGCGCCGAGCCAGAGAUCCGAACCGCCCUCACAGACGACACACCCGAAAGCUUUGCCGAAUACGAGAUUGCACCCGAUGACGUACGAUCCGACACGGCCGCCUAUUCCAGAGACAUCGUCGACAGACAACUGCCCAACAAGAGCGACGAUGUCCGAUCUGCCCUCUCCGAAGCAAUGACCGAUCAAUGCGAAGGCCAGUUCCUCUGGCUGAAGAUGCAGGAGAAAUCUUUGAGGAAAGGGAUGAACAAGAAACAGCUCCAGCACACCAUUGAAGAAACUCCGACUGGCCUGGACCAAUUAUACGACCGAAGCUGGCAGAGAAUCACCCAGGCCCGAGAGGGGGAGAGGCCACGUAUCUACGCCCUAUUGCGCUGGGCGGCAUUCGCACUACGGCCCCUGACAGUCUGCGAGGUCACCGAAGCUGUCCUUAUCGACGAAUCCGAAGAUUUGCCCAUCGAAGCUCUCCCCGACGCUGUGGAUGACGACUACAUCGACAAGGGAAUAGUCCGUCUUUGUGGGCCUCUCUUGGAGGUCAGGAGCCAGCACUCGGACACCUCCGCUGGCCUACGAACAGUGCACCUGACACACUUUUCCGUCAAGCAGUACCUGCUGUGUAAUCUCCCCACACCUGGCUGGAUCCGAGAGAACGAGCGCUUGCAGGAUGAAUACCAAAACACCUUGCUUGCCAAGGCCUGUCUUCACUACAUCAAUAUCCAGCGAGUUUGGCAAGAG